AAUAUUUAAAAAUAAUAAUAAUAAAUAAAACAAACGGGUCAACCCGUCAACCCGCGAGUUGACCCUAACCUGACCCGUGACCCGUACGGGUUGAUAAUACGGGUUAUCUACGGGUUGCGGGUUGAGAUAUAUGAACCCUAACCCGUUUUUUAAGGGUCGGGUUAGGGUCGGGUUGACGGGUCGGGUGGAUUUUUGCCAGGUCUAAUUGGAUGUAUGGAAAGGUUUAAUUUCUGGUUGAAUCUCUACUAAACAUAUGCAUACUUGAUUUGUCUUUCACCAUGACCAAAGUGUUUUUUUCGUUACAUAAUAUGACAAAAAUGUGUUAGUUUAGUAUGUUAAACAAUUCAAUUUUAACAAAGUAUUUCUCACGAAUUCCCUAGUCUUGUGUAUGAUGGAUAAUCUUUGAGACAUGCAGAAACAAUGUAAUACAUACAAAAAGAACAUAAGAUAAUCAAAUAAUUUGUUUUAGAUAACCCAAUAUGAGGCAACAAAUCCACCAAGUUGGUAAAUAUGUAUAGGAAAGGGGAACAAAGAUUGUUUACUUGUUUAUGUUUUUUUCUUUAUCUGAAGCAAACAAAAACUCAAGUACCUCAACUGGUGUCACAUUUCAAGAAUUUUCUUCAUGACAGAAAUUCCAACACUAAUUCUUGAAUUCAUAGUGUGUAGCACCUCCAACACGAAGUUGUGUAGAUAAUCACGGAAACUUCAAAGAAAAUGCAAAAGAUUUGGAAGACAAAUUGAGCACUCUUAAUUGCAGUUAGAUAUAGAAACACAACUUCUGACCAAGCUGUCACCUUUGGAUUCUUCUGUUUGUUUAUAGUAUGAGAAAUUGUGAUGCGUUUUUAUCCAACCACCUACUGCAUCAAUAAUUCUACAUUGACUCACCGACACCAAGGUCAUCCUCACUUUAUUAAAACGCACCAAGGAUCUAUAAUUACGACCACUGUUACUACUGUUGCAUGCUUUAUUGCUUUAUGCCUAUCAACUUUGGAUUCCCAUUCCACCUACUUUUUCUUUUUCUUUUUCUUUUUCUUUUUUUAACUUGUCCUGCUUUUCUUUGCAACUGUGCGUCAACAAUUCUACAUUGACUAUUUGACUUCCCUGCUGGAAAAUAUAGGUCUUCCUUUUCUGCACUCAAUAAGCUUUACACUUCUCAGUUUUUCUUUGCUUACUCUCUUUGCAGCUUCUUCAGCCUAGCCUAGCUACAGACUGUAGAUCCGCUACCAAUAUUGUGCUUCCUUGCUCUGCCUUUACACUUCUCACCCGGUUCUUCGCUUCUUCUUAGCUUCCCUAGUUUACGGUAUGUCAUCUACUGUUAAGUUAUAACUAAUCAUCUACCUUUAUUAUUUUCUAAUCUCUAUUUGUGAUGGUUAUUUGUUAUGUGUUUGUUCAGAUCUUUGGCCGGCACCAUUCUUGUACUUCUUUGCUCUGCCUCCAACUCCACAUAUUUUCAACAUCCUUACCUCAUUUCGCCACCUGAUCUGUAGGCAUAUACUACUUUUUAUACUACUCUUAUCCAGGGACGGAGCCAGAAAAAUCAAUUA